GCGGGCUUCUCGUUCCUCUCCGAUGUGUCCGACAGCAAUCACUACGAUUACGGCCUCAAGCAUCGAUUGCAAACGUGUUUUCGGGUGGGAAAAGAACAAGCGGGUCAGAGUGUCAUCGCCGUUAUCACCAGGGCUGGCGUACGCGCAGUGCAUCUACUCCGGAAAGAACGCUCCGGAGCAGAGGAUCAUGAUUACGUCGAUGCGACGGAUAAAGCCACAUCCAAUAGUACAAACUAUCCGACCUUCUUCUAUGCGUUGCGUUGUGGUCCUGUUUUCUCACUUUCGAACAGUUUCCCAGUGAAAGACGGCUCCGGGAGCACGAGAAGUGCAGAUAAGAGCUCUCUAUUGUCGUGUGCGCACAUACCAAAUCGCGGCAUUUUCGUCUUGUGCAGUCCCUCUUUUCGCCUCGGUGCGGAGCUAUUGCAGAUUCCCUUCACUGAAAAGCAGAUUCUCGACAGCUUGCGAAUUGUAGACGGCAACGCAGAGGGUUCAAAUAGACUAAUUCCGGUUUCGUUCAGCACUAGUACUGCAGCGUCAUCUUCUUCAGGCUCUGGUGCUUUGUCAGCUGCACCUCCAGAAAUUUCAACUAGGUGGCGAAUCAUCUCACGGGGUCUGCGAACAUGCAAAAACACACCUCUUGUUCCCAUAGUUGCCAAGCGCAACCCGCAAAAUGACAAGCCAGAUUGGCGCGAUCGCCUGAUGCUCCCUGGCGGCUCCGGGUUUCACCCAGACAGCAGCGACGUUGGGGAAGAGCUCAUCGAGGCGCAGGUCGUGAGGUUGGGUAGAGCCUCUAAGAAUAGAAGGAGAUGAAAAAUAUAUUCGAUUUCAAACGAAUACUGACAGACUGAAACCAUUCAUUUUCAGUGCGAAGACACAGGAAAUAUAGUUUCUUGCAGAUAAGAUAGAUUCUCAUUCCUCGUUGUUCUUACUAUAUUAUUUAGUAUUUCCUAUUUUCUUGAUCAUCUUGUUCAUCGUUCUUUCUUAAUCUUAUACCAAACUGCUUAGAGGAAAAUUCUUAUGCAGGUUAUUUCACAACUCGUUCUUUUUUUGCUGAUGCUGUUGAUCUUUCCAAAAGAAUGAAUUGACAUCGAUCUUCUGGUGCUAUUCCUGUUCUUAUGUAUUCAUUGUAAAAGUUUCGUCAACAAGAAGUUCCUCUGCAU